CGCGAGAUCGUAGAACCGCCAUUAGCACUAGUGACUGGCCAGAAAACAAAGAGAAAUUCGGCUUAUUUCGCCCUAUUUUCGGCGUUCCUCUUACUUUCCUCUCCUCUGUGGCCCUGAGCAAAGAGGAAGAAGUGACGAACGAGGGGGGGAAGAGUCGGAAAAGAGGAGUGGAGAGAGGAGAAGGGUUAGUGCGAAAGAGCAAAAAUGGAGGUGACAGAGGUUACAGGCGGGGAGUUGGGGUCUGGCACAGUAGUCGUCAGUCCAGGAGAGUUAUCGUACGAUCUCGGACAGCAGUCAGGCUCAUUCCUGUCAAAUGCACAUAUAAUGUCUCAGGGUUCACUGACAGACGGAAGUGGAAUGCUUACUUUCCCAAUCCAGCUGGUGCAGUUGCAUGACCCGGGGGGCGAUGGGGGGGUCUCGCGGAAUGGAGGAAAUUCUGGAGUAUCGGCUGGAACUCAGGGCUUCAGUGCACACAUCAUUAUGAAAAAUAAUCCUGAUGGAACACGGACCUUCCUCUUAGAACCCAGUGAGAUAUCCAUGGGAGAGGAUGGGAGUGAGAGCCGUCUAGUGCCGCUACAUGAUCUUCCUGAGGCGAGUGUUGGCUCCAAUUUCAGUGAUUUGCAAGAGCGGGGUGGAUUCCUUCAGCUGGAUGAAGGUAUGGUCGCAGUUAAUCAGGUUGGAGGAGACAUAGGGCAGGCUGGGGUCAUAUUGGCAAAUGCUGGCGAGUGCCUUACACAAAAGGAUGGAACAAUUCCUCAGUUUGCCUCCUUUAGUAUUGUCGAUGAUCAGAUGGUGCUGACUGCAACUGAGGCUGGAGUAGAUGACACAGUCACACUGGAGGGAGGAAGUCUUAUUAACUCAGCUUUAAAUGAACCAGAUACAAUUGUGCCACAUCAAAUACAAAUCCCCGGCAAGAAACAGAUUCAGCCUGAGAUGGAACCACCCAUUGGGAAGGGGCCUUAUACUUGCGAGUGUUGCAACCUAACCAUUGAGAAAUGGGCCCAGUAUAAGAAACACGUAAAGAAACAUUUAGAAGAUAAACCAUACCAGUGUUGUGACUGUGAGGCUUCGUUCAAUGUACAAAAAAAUUUGCAUCUCCAUGAGGCAUUACACUCCACGGGUAAACUAGUAUGUCCAGAGUGUGACAAAACCUUUAGACGUUUAGCUUCAUUCAAAGCCCAUCUGGCUGUUCAUGAGGAGGAUGAGACUGUUACAUGCGAGAUCUGCCAAGAGGAGUUUGUAUCUGUGAGUCAGCUGGAACCACACUACCAGCGGCACAGGGAUGGUAUGGAUGCCCUAGGGGUACAUAAGAAGUCAAGCCUCGACUGCAAAGAGUGCGGAGCAGAAUUUACAAACCAAGGAUUACUUAAGCAUCAUAUGAAAGUCCAUAAGAAGGUCAAGAAAAUAACUCAAACAAAACCGAGAAGAAGACUAGCAGAUCGGUGCAAAUUUGAGAACAAAUGCCAAGAAUGUGGUAAGAACUUCAUAAAACCCUCACAGCUAAUAAGACACAUGAGGAUUCAUACUGGAGAGAGGCCAUUCAAGUGUACUCACCCUGGAUGUGAUCGAGCCUUUAACCAGAGGUAUACGAUGCUCAUCCAUAUGGACAUACACACUGGCAAGAAGGCCUAUAAAUGUGAAUUCUGCAACAGAGAUUUUGUACAAAAGAGUAAUUUGCGUUGCCACAUAAAACGCGUCCACCCUGUGAAUUUAGCUGGUGUACAAAUGUUUGAGUGUGAUGAAUGUUCAUGUGUGUUUAAGAGCUCUGGAAGCCUCAGUGCCCACAAGUCAAGGGCACACUCCACAGAAGCAGUCAUUGGUUUAAAUGUAUCAUCAGAUAUCAGAGAUGUCAUCAAGGAAAUCCUAGACUUGGAGAAAACUGGCCAGCGAGAACAGGGCAUCCGAUCAGAGCAAGGGGUGCUUGCAGAGAGUGGGAACGAUGGGGAUAUAUUACAACAAGCUUUAAAAAACAGUGGACUGUCACAAACAAAGGAUCAGACCAAUUCAAUGGGCAAAGUUAAAAUGGAGGCUGAUGACAGAAUACAGGAUGACGACAGCUGGAUCACAGGGGUCCAGAAUGCUGCUGCUAAGAUAAAGGAGUGUAAGAAGCUUCGUGUAAUUACUCUCAUCGACAGGAGCAAUGAGUGUGGCAUGAAGAGAUAUACAGUGUUUGUGAAGAUGGUUGGGGAUGUCAAAUGGCAUGUUUGCAAUUACAAGGACUGCAGCAAGGAGUUCAAAAAACCUUCAGACCUUGUGCGACACAUGAGGAUUCACACAAAUGAUAAGCCAUUUAAGUGUAACAAGUGCUACCGAGCCUUUGCUGUGAAAUCAACUCUCGUGGCCCACAUGAAGACUCAUUCUGCUGUGAAGGAACACGUUUGCGACAAGUGCAACAAGAAAUUUGCCACGGCCACCUCCCUCAAAGUCCAUUCUUGGCUGCACACAGGACAGAAGCCCUAUCCAUGCCAACAGUGCCACAAGGUGUUCCGAACUGUGUCCCACCGCAAAACACACAUGUUAUCCCACAUGCACUCACCUCACCGGCAGGCCCAGAGGCGACGGUCAAUCCCCCUACCAGAUAUCCCCCUCCAGGAACCAAUACUUAUCACUACUGCAGGUCCUGUAAAGCAGAUAUCUCGACACAGUCAGGUUUACUUCCCUGAGACAGGGGAAGCUCCCCGUGACCGGCCCCACAAGUGCCACUAUUGCACGGCGGCCUUCAAGAAGUCAUCGCACUUGAAGCAGCAUGAGAGGACGCACACUGGGGAGAGACCCUUUCAGUGUGAGAGUUGCAAUAAGCAGUUUAAUUCUCUGAGUGUUUUGAAGUCACACUUCAAAACACACACUGGCCAGAGAACACAUAAGUGCACAAUAUGCAAUGGUCUCUUUGCCACCAGUGGAAGUCUAAAAAGGCACAGAACUACACAUUCAACGGACCGUCCAUAUAUGUGCCCCUACUGCCAGAAAACGUUCAAAACAAACACAAACUGCAAAAAACACAUGAAGACUCAUAAGCAAGAGCUGGCUAUGGAGGCAAUGAGGGCAGCUGGGUCAAACCUACAGGGCAACAACCAGGCAUUGCUGGCGGCCACUCUCUACAGUCAGCAGGCAGCCACUCCCUCUCUCUCUGACCCAGACGUCAUUGUUCCUGACCUCGCAGGUAUGACCAGCGUUUUCCAGGAGGGUGACUUUCCACUCUCUGGUGAUCUGGAAGAUCUCUCAUCGUCUCAGGUUCUUCCAACUUCAUUCACCCAAAGUGUUGGUGAAAGUGGUCUAACUCUGGCUGACCUCCAGACUGGAGUGGAUCAUGGUCUCGGGACUGGAGAGGCAGUCAUCCUAACCUCUCAGCCUGCAACAAUUACAACACACCUAGGUGGUUCCUCAGUUCUUAUACCUCAGUCAUCUGCAUCAUCCAUCCUACUUCCAAAUUCCUCUUCAAACCAGGUGAGUGGUGCAACACCCCUCCUUCAGGGGGCAAGUGGCACAUCAAUUCUCCAAGGCAGCAAUGGCGCAACAGGACAGAAGCCCUACCCAAAUGCCAACAGUGCCACAAGGUGUUCCGAACUGUGUCCCACCGCAAAACACACUGUUAUCCCACUUUGCACUCACCUCACCGGCAGGCCCAGAGGCGACGGUCCUGUAAAGCAGAUAUCUCGACACAGCAGGUUUACUUCCCUGGACAGGGGGAAGCUCCCCGGGGACCGGCCCCACAAGUGCCACUAUUGCACGGCGGCCUUCAAGAAGUCAUCGCACUUAAAGAAACAUGAGAGGACGCACACUGGGAGAGACCCUUUCAGUGUGAGAGUUGCAAUAAGUGUCUUGAACCCCCUGGGGGUCACAAGCCAUGAUGCCAGAAGUAGCCAAAUUGGGUUAAAUGGUAUUGAGGAUUUGCAAAUAGCCUUGGUUACCUGCCGACACUUGUGUAAGCUGCAACUUUGGGCCCAGUAUUUACACUACAUUGAGGGUGAUCCUCUCAAACUCAUGGUAGGAGGUCUCGCUGUGAAACUCAGAAUUGUUGACUUACUAGAGCAGCAUCAUGGGCAUAUUGUUGUGCUACAGGAGGUUCAACAAAAACAGGUUUUUGGUCCGUUGUUGUUCUCGAAUUGUGUGAUUCUAUACACCAAGCAGUUUAAUUCUCUGAGUGUUUUGAAGUCACACUUCAAAAACACACUGGCCAGAGAACACAUAAGGCACAAUAUGCAAUGGUCUCUUUGCCACCAGUGGAAGUCUAAAAAGGCACAGAACUACCCAUUCAACGGACCGUCCAUAUAUGUGCCCUACUGCCAGAAAACGUUCAAAAAAAACACAAACUGCAAAAAACACAUGAAGACUCAUAACAAGAGCUGGUUGGAGGCAAUGAGGGCGCUGGGUCAAAUACAGGGCAAAACCCAGGCUUUGCUGGCGCCAUCUCUACAACGUCAUGUUCCUAAACUCCAGGUAGACCAGCGUUUCCAGGAGGGUGAUUUUCCACCAUUGGUGAUCUUCAGCAGCGGGCACGCUCGCAUCGCCCCAAAAGGGAAAGAUCUCUCAUCGCUCGGGUUUUUCCCAACCAUUCACCAGUAUCCUGAUGAGUCGGAAAGCUCGUUAUGCUACUCACCCCCACGGAAGCCAUUCCCGGGCCACACCAAGACUUCAACAACUUGGGUAUCCUGGGGGGUCUCGACAUGGGCACAAUCCCCAAAAUCAGUGUGGGGAGAACACCCCAAAACAGUCCCGGUCAUAAGACAAACCUGCAAAUUUGGGAAAGGGGAAAAUCUUGGCACUGGAGAAUCUAGUCUUACGGGAGAAACAAUGAAUGCAACAGCUGAUGGACUGGCCAGCACCCUAGUCGAGAGUGACGACGAGGGGAGAGUUGUAGCCUCGCAUCCUCCCUCAAUCACUGAAAAUGAUGCCUCAAAAACUUGUUUGAGGGCCAACUUCGACACCCGGGAUUCUCGGAUGGAUUUUCUUGCAGUCCCCGCUGGGCUAGAUCUAAGUGGCUUAGGAAGUGGUGGAGAUAUUGCCUCAGCACAGCUAGUCCAUUUGUUAAACACACAGGAUUCAGUUAAUGAUGUUACGGGCAUUAAAAUCACAAGUAACUCCUCUACAGCUCAGAACUCUGCAGAAGAGGACAAGGCUCCUGCACCAGAGGUCUCAGUUUCGAAGGUGUUUGAGUGCGAUCAGUGCAAAAAGACGUUCCACAAACUCCCUCACCUGCGGUCACACAAAAGAAUUCACACCCAGGGCAAGGCUCACAACUGUACAACAUGUAACAAGGGAUUUUCUUCAUUGCAAGCUCUCAAGGAACACCAGCAACAACAGCAUUCAAGAUCAAACAUGCACCACUGCCAGUACCAUAACUGCCCUGAGAAGUUUAGCACUCCUAAUCAGCUUUUGAAACACAUGCAGAUGGAACAUAAUCGUAUGUGGCCGUGUACUGUGUGUGAAGGUCUGUUUGAGUCUUUUACCACAUUCCAGAAACACUUGCGAUCUCACAAGAUUAAAGAUAUCAAUCAAGCUAUUACCAGGAGUAAGCAAAACCAGCGCAGUGAGACCAACAGUGCAAGUAGCAAGGUUAAGAUUGCAUUGACAGCAGAGGACGUGGAGACUCUACUUCAGGAGUCGUCAGGUACUCAGAUGGCUAUAGAGGAAGAGGGACAGAGGGACUCGGAGAUGGUAGACAUCCCACGCUCAUCAAAGAAGCACAACUCGUCACAGGAGGAUAACCUGCAGGUCUUUGUCAGCAUGACGAAGGACGACCCUGAUGAGGAAAAAGAACACCAGCAACAACAGCAUUCAAGAUCAAACAUGCACCACUGCCAGUACCAUAACUGCCCUGAGAAGUUUAGCACUCCUAAUCAGCUUUUGAAACACAUGCAGAUGGAACAUAAUCGUAUGUGGCCGUGUACUGUGUGUGAAGGUCUGUUUGAGUCUUUUACCACAUUCCAGAAACACUUGCGAUCUCACAAGAUUAAAGAUAUCAAUCAAGCUAUUACCAGGAGUAAGCAAAACCAGCGCAGUGAGACCAACAGUGCAAGUAGCAAGGUUAAGAUUGCAUUGACAGCAGAGGACGUGGAGACUCUACUUCAGGAGUCGUCAGGUACUCAGAUGGCUAUAGAGGAAGAGGGACAGAGGGACUCGGAGAUGGUAGACAUCCCACGCUCAUCAAAGAAGCACAACUCGUCACAGGAGGAUAACCUGCAGGUCUUUGUCAGCAUGACGAAGGACGACCCUGAUGAGGAAAAAACUGAAUCUCAGAAACAUGCGCAUCAGUGUGACACCUGCAGUAAGAGCUUUAAAAAGCCAUCGGACCUGGUUCGCCAUAUUAGGACUCACACUGGGGAGAGACCCUUCUCCUGCGCACAGUGUGGCAAGUCCUUUGCUGUCAAAUCCACUCUGGAUGUUCACAUGAAGACACACUCAGGGAAAAAAGAUUUCAUGUGUCACAUUUGCAAUACAAUGUUUGCCACCAAGGGAAGCUUAAACAUCCACAUGCGACUCCACACAGGUGCAAAGCCAUUCAAGUGCAACCACUGUGGAAUGAAGUUCAGAACAUCAGGACAUCGUAAAGCUCAUGUGAUCAAGCAUUUCAAGCACUCAGGAGCAGGGCCAUUACCUACAAAGAUGAAACUAGUGGAAGAACAGCCAAUGGAAACCUCUGUUAACAGUGCAAACGAAACUGUCAUGGAAAUGCCAAAUGUAGAGAACUUGAAUUCAGUCGUAGUGAUGGCAGAUGGCAGCAUGUCAUUGCAGUUACAAGGGCUUAGUCUGGGUCCAAUUGAGGCAACUCUUCUCAACACUCAGUCAGUGACUCUAGAUGAAAGCGUGCUCAGUCAUUUACAAGCUACAGGUGGAGCCAUGAUUGGGACAGGUGAAGGUACUGUGGACGAAGAUGCUGAGGACUCUAUUUCUGUAAAUCCAAACGCUGUGAUGACUCAGCCUCGCAGUGUCCGCACCUCAAAUGCAGAGGCUGACAUGGACUCAGAUUUUGAGAUACACAUGAUUGACGAUGAUGGGAGAGUGAUAACCACCCACUCACUGAAUAUAAUUGGUCAGUCAUUGGACAGAGAGCAAACAUCAGCCCCGGAGAAUCAAAAUUUCAUCCAACAGGAAUUAAGUCUUUCAGACCUAGCAGUGUCUGGGCCAAACAAUACAAUUCAGUGUGCCCUUUGCUCUAAAAACUUUUUGAAGUUCACUGAAUGGCAGGCACAUUUAUCAUCACAUGAUAUCUUACUGAAGAACUGAUGAUGGAGACACAUGAAGGUGA